UUCGAGGUCAUAUAUGUUCAAGGUCACACUUCAAGGUCAUUCGAAAACUCGAGGUCACACUUCAAGGUCACUCGGAAACUCGAGGUCACACUUCAAGGUCACUCGAAAAACUCAAGGUCACACUUCAAGGUCACUCGGAAACUCAAGGUCAUGUUUCAAGGAUAGAUUUCAAGGUUGGCACCGAAGGUCAGCUCUCAAGGUCGUUUGGCACCGAAGGUCGGCGCUCAAGAGCGUCCCAGAACAUACAAACCCUAGCUACUGAUGAGUUAGCGGAAAAAUCUAUAUCCGAAUAUGUAGACUACAACAUAAAGGUCACCUAUAAAGGUCAGAUGAAGGUCAAAGGUGCGAGCAGGACUACUGAUGA